UUGAUAAACAAACCAUCAGCUCUCUAAAAUAAAAGCUCUCAUUUUUGAGUAACGCCCAUGCCGCACAGGGACUGUGUUGGAAACACACAUUUUUUAAAAUUGCUCAUACGCUCACAUUUUUGCAAAAUAUCAAUAUUUUUCGGUAUUUGAAGGUGGUUUAUAAACCCAGUGAGGUUGCCAUGUCGAAAUUAUUGCAAAAUACAUGCUCAUGUGAGCGUACGAGCAAUUUUAAAAAAAUGUGUGUCUCCAACACAGUCAUGUGCGGCAUGGAUGUUUACUAAAAAUGUGCAGGCCGAACACAUUUUUGAGCGAAGGCGUUUUUGCGUGAGUCGUCCGACGCAGUGGACCAAAACAACAAAUUUUUCGAUUUCUCUCCCUGUAGUAUUUCCAGAUUGCAAUGACCGAACAAUCACCGGUCGCGAAGAGAACCUACACCCGACGCUCCCCGCUUUGUCGUCUGUGCAUGCAGCAAUACCCCAAGAACGAUUUGCAGGAAAUAUUCUCCCGUGGAUCGCCCUGGAAGAAGCGAAUCUUUCGCGCCACCGGAAUCAAGCCUCACCGGAAUGAUCCCGUCACCCGAAUGUGCAGCACAUGCCGGAUGAUGGUCGAUACGAUCGUAACCUUCCAGGAAAUUUGCCAACAGACGGAACUGCUUAUGCGGAAAGGUUCUGGUGCGGGUCCCAUAGUUGUUGCAGACGAUCAACGUUGGGACAAAGUUGCCGGACUGAUUGAAUCGCUGUUCAAGGGGGUAAGCCAACAACGUCAGGCUGUGAUGCUGGUAAACUCGACUGACGGUGGAGAUGGGGCCACAACUACCAUAGAAACGGAGCAAGAAAUCUUUCAAGUUAGCCAAGUUGAUGUUCCGCCGGGAGAGGAGGAAUAUUUGCAAGAAGAAAGUGGUGAGGAGGAAGAAGACGCAUCAGUUAUGGGGGCUUUGGUUGAACAGCUUCCGUUGGAUAUCAAAAAAGAAGAAGAAGAAGUGGAGGAGGAGGAGAACGAUCAGGACAGUGAUUAUCAGUAUGAAGAUGAACAGGAAUCAGACGAGGAGGACAGCGAAGAUGAACAACGGAAACCUAAGAAGAAGCGAAAUCGCAAGAGAGAAAACGAACUGAACCGACUGGCGAGGACUGCUAAAGUAGUGUGCGACACCUGCGGCGAACUGGUGUCGCAAGUCUCCCUUGAGGGGCACCUGAAUCGGCAUUUGGGCGUGAAGCCAUUCGUGUGCGAGAUAGAGGGAUGUGGCAGGCAACUGUACUCGAAGUACAGUCUACAGCAGCACAGGCAUCUGCACAAGAGCAUAAUGAGGUACUACGACUGCCCGGAUUGUGGCAAACGGAUGAAGGGAACGAGCUGUUGGAUGCGACACAAAAAGAUGCACACCGAAGAGCCGAAGCACGAGUGCAACGUUUGUGGGAAGAAGUUUCGACGGAAAUUUGGAUUGAAGCUGCACUCGGUGGUUCAUACGGGAGUGGCGCAAUUUCCGUGUGAAAUUUGCGGCAAGCGCUUCAACGUCAAACACAAUCUCGGAGCUCACUACAAAACGCACAAACGGAAUGGGACCUGGCCAGAAAUGCAAACGAAAGAGGAAUAUCACCAGGAAAUCUAUUAUACUAGCGAGCAAAAUAAUUAGAAAGACAGGACGAUUGUUAAAUGUAUUCUAUGGAAAUCAA